UUUCCCAAUAUAAAUAAGGUCACCGCCAAAACUGUUCCCCUUCAUUUUGGCGGCAAAAUUACAAUCUAGGGAUUUGGGAUUAGGGCUCUCUCUUAGUUACUCUACAGUCUCAUAAACCUCUCUUUCUCCAAUUCUAGGGUUAAUUUCUUCUUCAUACUCAUGGCUUAAUAGCUGAGGUUGAUGAUUUAGGGUUUCAAUGGAGGCGACUACUCCUCCGUCCGAUUCUCCAUCUAUAAAACCCAUAAACAAGUCAGUGGUCCACAGAAUCUGCGCCGGCCAAGUGAUCCUCGACCUCUCGGCCGCCGUCAAAGAAUUGGUCGAGAACAGCCUCGACGCCGGCGCCACCACCAUCGAGAUCGCGCUCAAAGACUACGGCAAAGAGUGGUUCCAGGUCAUCGAUAACGGCUGCGGCAUUUCGCCCAACAACUUCAAGGUCCUUGCCCUCAAGCACCACACUUCCAAACUCGCCGGGUUCCCUGACCUCCAGUCUCUGACGACGUUCGGCUUCCGCGGCGAGGCCUUGAGCUCUCUGUGUGCUUUGGGGAAUUUAACGGUGGAAACCAGGACAAAAUACGAGCAGGUCGCCACGCACUUGACUUUUGACCAUUCCGGUGUGUUGGUAACGGAAAAGAAGACGGCGCGGCAGGUCGGCACCACCGUAACGGUCAAGAAUCUGUUUGUGAAUUUACCGGUGAGGUGCAAGGAGUUCAGUCGCAACAUUCGGAAGGAGUAUGGGAAGCUGGUUUCUCUAUUGAAUGCCUAUGCUCUUAUUGCGAAAGGGGUUCGGUUAGUCUGCACGAAUGCCAUAGGUAGAAAUGCAAAGUCUGUGGUGCUUAAAACGCAAGGAAGUGGUUCACUUAAGGAUAAUAUUGUGACAUUGUUUGGGAUGAGCACUUUCAGUUGUUUAGAGCCUGUGAGUAUAUCUGUAUCUGAUAGUUGCAAGGUUGAUGGUUUCCUUUCCAAGUCGGGACAAGGUAGUGGUCGGAACAUGGGAGAUAGGCAGUUCUUUUUCGUGAAUGGUCGACCUGUGGAUAUGCCUAAAAUUACAAAGCUUGUGAAUGAGUUGUAUAGAGGGGCAAACUCCCAGCAGCAUCCUAUUGCCAUAUUGAAUUUCACUGUUCCGACAAGAGCGUGUGAUGUCAAUGUUACUCCUGAUAAAAGGAAAGUGUUCUUUUCUGAUGAGAGCUCCAUACUUGUUGCCUUAAGGGAGGGUCUGCAGCAGAUAUAUUCCACUAGUAAUGCUCGUUACUCUGUUAAUAAAGUGGAGGAGCCUGCCAAAGAAGCAGGCAGGUCUCAGUUGUGUUCACCUCAUCAAAGGUCUCAUAAACAAUUAGCUAGGGAUGAUGAUGAUGAUGAUGUUCCUGAAGAAGUUCGUCCGGCUGAUAAAGCUGAGGAGGCUACAAAAGAAGGAGGCAGGUCUGAAUUGUGUUUUCCUGGUCAGAGGUCUCAUAUGUUUCUGAGACAAUCCUCUAUAGAUUCUGUACCUAAAGAAGUUAGUCCUGAGGAUCACACUCCAGAAGGCGAUGCUCCUCUGAAAGCUGCGGAAACUGAUUCUGAAACUAAUCAUGAUGAGGAAGGGUUUAGCCAUGAAAAUUCAAUGGGGAAGGAUUUUGCUUUAAGAGUACACAGCAUUAAGAAGGUCCAUGGAACUAGUCAAUUGACAAAGAAUCUCAGUAGUAUGAAAGCUGAUCGAAUUGCAGCAAAUGGAGAUUCAUGUAGUCAUUCAAGCUCUGUUCAAGCAUCAAUUAACCAGUUUGUAACUGUAACUAAAAGAAAACAUGAUAGUAUUAGCACAGUCCUGUCUGAAAUGCCUGUCCUAAGGAACCAAAGUCUUCAUUGUCAAUCCAAGAAUGAUUCACUUAAUGGUGUUUCAAAACCCCCACUUAGUCAUCAGCAGAUCAAUGAUUCUACUGAAGUUGAUAAUUCUGCUGAAGCUGGUGAGAAUGAGCCAUCCAAAUAUUUUAGAGUAGAUAGGAUCCUCAACAAAAUUAGAGUUCCAGUUUCUCCUGGAGGCAAGAUUGAGGGUGAAGGACAUGGAGAAGGUUUACAAGCUCAACAGAAAGCAGUGCCUGUUGCUGAUAUGGCACCAACUGCUUCACCCAGCAGGGAUAUAAGUCUGUCUGAAGAUCUGCCAGCUGCAUCACCUUCUUCUUGUAUAUUGUCGAAUACUCCAAAGCCUUCUUCUGGUCUUAUGAUGUGUUCGACCUUGAGAUUUAGUUUCCAGGACCUAAAGACAAGGAGGCAGCAAAUAUAUUCUAGAUUGCAAUCAAGCAUACCUGGAGUAAAAGCACAAAGGUGCUAUACUGCUGCAACAUUGGAGCUUUCUCAACCAGAAAAUGAGGAGCGGAAAGCAAGGGCCUUAGCUGCAGCUACCACGGAGUUGGAAAGACUUUUCAGAAAAGAAGAUUUUGGUAGAAUGAAGGUGAUUGGGCAAUUCAAUCUUGGCUUCAUUAUUGGGAAAUUAGAUCAAGAUUUAUUUAUCGUAGAUCAGCAUGCAGCUGAUGAGAAGUACAAUUUUGAGCGCCUGUCACAAUCUACCAUCUUAAACCAACAGCCUUUGCUUAGGCCAUUGAGGUUGGAGUUAUCUCCUGAAGAAGAAGUUGUUGCUUCAAUGCACAUGGACGUAAUCAGGAAAAAUGGAUUUUCUUUGGAAGAGGAUCUACAUGCUCCGCCUGGUCACCAUUUUAAAUUGAAAGCUGUUCCCUUCAGUAAAAACAUAACUUUUGGAGUUGAAGAUGUGAAGGAUUUGAUAUCCACUCUUGCUGAUAGUCAUGGGGAAUGCUCAAUCAUCGGUAGUUACAAGAUGGACACUGUUGACUCCGUUUGCCCUUCUAGAGUUCGCGCGAUGCUGGCAUCACGUGCAUGCAGAUCAUCUGUUAUGAUUGGAGAUGCCCUCGGAAGAAAUGAGAUGCGGAAGAUUCUUGAGCAUCUGGCAGGUCUGAAGUCUCCUUGGAAUUGCCCUCAUGGCAGGCCAACCAUGCGACAUUUGAUUGAUUUGAAAACCAUACACAGGUCUGAAGAAAACGAUGAUGCAGAGUCUUGAUGGAUCUUCCCAAACCUUUCGAGACGUGAUGGUUACGCCUAACUUAUUACGCAUCGACCUCGCAAGUUUUAUAUAACAGUCCCCCUUCCAAGUCUGGCACUCGUGUACAUAUAAUAUCUGGGGGUUGGGCAGGUCCUCUGUAAAUGUUUUAACCCUGUACCUUGGUACGAUGUGAGGGUUGGAAUUUGUAUGGUCUGCGCAUUCAAUUUUGAUGCUGGAGACUAUCAACUCUUCUGGCAUUUUUGCAUUGGGCAGUCCCCCAUUUCGUUAUGCUUUGAAUAUGCAUAUACUCGGCUUUUAUCCCA